AGCUUUCAAGAAAGCGAAAAUAGUUCAUGUUUUAGACCAAGCGGCCAUUGUGAUUGGUACCGACAGAGAUAGUUCGUUUAUGUUAGUGUACUGAUUAGAGGAUAAAAUGAAUUGUUGCUUCCGGUUCGCGACCAUAUGUCGGAAGCACAUGACGUAUACAACAUACUCGAUAGGGAGUGUAAUGAGGGAAGUUACAGCAGAAAAUUAUAGCUGGUGCCAAGUAACCAGUAGAGUGUAGUGUGCUGUCAUAUACAAUACAAUGGUUCCUAUCAGCAUUUCGCUUUCUAUGACCCAAAUUACCGGAUUUUAGCCUAAAUCAAGAUGGUGUUCCAGUUGGGUCCAUGGGGCAAGGUGCUGGUCAUGGCAAUUGGGGCGACAGUGGUAAUGAUUACCCUAAUUGUUGUUGUCUGCUUUGUGGGUCCGGGGUGCUGGGGUUACGAAUGGAUGCAUCGAGUGGAGGAAGAACGUCGGCGGAGAAGACAAGCAAAAGGACAAGAGAACUAUGUCGCAGGAGACACUUUGAAGCUCUCCGAUUACGGAUAUCCAUGGAAACGGACUCCUCUACCCUCUUCCGCUAGCUAUGACACAGUAAACUCCGCCGGGCCGAUUGUUGGCCGCAUGGCCCACCAUCGGGACUCUACAUACAGCUCCAUGUCAGAGGCCACGGACAACCGCUCCAUCCUGUCCGUAAAGAGCGUGACGACAGAGGACAGCUGUGGCACCGACUGCAGCGCCAACAGUGGUCCACCUGUACUAACCAUGAGCUUGACAUACGUCGCUAACGAAGAAAAUGGCACAGGGAGGCUCAUAAUUUACAUUAAGGAUGUUAAAUGCUUGCCACCACGGGAGUAUGCUGGAGGCCUAGAACCCUACCUUGUGUUGCAAGUAGCACGGACUACGUGGCCCUUGCAUCGCCGAGCUGGGCCACCAUUGCAUCAACUUCGCACCAGAACACUUCGUCAUUCCUUCAACCCAUUUUUCGACCAGACUUUUGUGCUAGAUGUGAAGCGAUCAGAAUUGAAGGAGUGGUGCCUGAAGGUGACAGCAUAUGACCAGGACAAGUACACUAACGCCACGGAAUUGUGCGAAGUCAACCUGGCCCUCAAGGAUGUAAAGAACCUCACCACCGCAAAAGAGGCUGUUAUCAUUAGCUGCAAUCUGACUAGAACGAACAGGGAGACGGGUGACCUACUUUUCGGGGUCAGCUACCUCCCUACUGCGCAGAGACUCUCCAUCAGCGUUAUUAAAGCCGGCAACCUUAAGUAUCUGCAAAUAGUUGACUCCAUAGCAAAUUUCAAUCCAUAUGUACGUGUCGUCCAACUGAACGGGUCCACUGGGCGAUCUAUUAAACGGAAGAAAACAGCUUUCAAACACGGAACCGAGUGUCCCGAAUUCAACGAGACUUUGACAUUUGACCUGAACCCGAACCAGCUGGAAACAACAGUCUUUCUUGUGUUACUGUGCAGUCGAAAUGUGAGUGAGGACAGUGAUGGGCAGAUGGGCAGAAAAUGCAAAGACAAAUGUCUGGGCAAGGUGGCCCUCGGCAGUCACGUUUUGGGCGAGCGACAACGAGACCACUGGCUUUCAGUUAUACAAAACCCUCGGAGAGUUGUCUCGGCCUGGCAUACGCUCAAGUGAACGGCUGACUGGGAGUGAAACGAUGAUAUUGUUGCAUCAUCUUGACAAUCAUGAAUAUUACGUCACUUGGUAAAGGAUAUUAAUCUGUCAAUUGUCAAUAGAUUUUCCGUCAAGUGCAACAAUAUAUAUUUUGGUCACUUAUUUAUAUUAAUCUGGGCUGUCACGAUUAAUCGACAAAUUUAUUAAUAUUUUACGUAAUAUGAUCGAUACUAAAUACUUUAAAUCAUGAAUAGGAAGGUAACAUACAUUCGGUUUCUGCCUUCAAGAAACCACACCAUACCUCUGUUUGAAGACAGUCGAUUAAUAACGCUUAAGAGAACAAAGUCUGCUAAUUCUGAAAACAACGAACGCCAAUUUAGAGUUGCUCUUCGUAACAGAAUCGUUAUCAGUUACUUAAUUUCUCAUAUUUAUCAGUUUCUUUUUAUUUUUUUAUUGCUAGUGGGGUGGGACUAAGUCCCUUGUACUGCGGCCACUUCUGGCCUCUUGU